AUGGCCACAGGGGCUCCGCAUCAUGAGGUGGAAGACAGUGACGAGGAGGUAUUCGCUUCAGAGACAGUGCAAGACGACGAUGAAGCGGCGACAACAGGGCGGUGGUAUCACGCCGCGGAAGCAGGUAUAAAGUGGGCAUUAUCGGCUGGGCAUAGCGAGAUGAGCACCGCAGAGCGAAGAGGUCGACCCGUCUAUUCGAAACUUGAAACAAGGAGCUCUGCCGAACUUGAUAGGCAAGACCCCAACGUUACUACUCCUUCGCGCUCACUUCGAUCUUUCCGACUACCAAAAAACAAAUCUCACAUAGCCAUCAUGGUGGCGUUCAGCGUUGGUGCGCUCCUAUUGGCGCUGCGCGUCUUUAGCGCCGCCGCUCCCUCCACAGCUGCUCCUGUCGCGGCCCCAGCACCACAAGCAUCGCAGGCCGCUGCCUCUGGGUACUGGCUUGCCGACAUCAAGCGUCAGGGUGUAGCUCCCUACAAUGCGAACAAGGACGCCUACAAGGUUUUCCGUAACGUCAAGGAUUACGGCGCCAAGGGUGAUGGCACCACCGAUGAUACAGAGGCCAUCAAUAAAGCUGUCUCCGACGGUGCCCGCUGCGGCAAGGGCUGCGACUCUUCUACCACUACACCGGCUAUUGUCUACUUCCCUAGCGGUGUUUACGCGGUGUCAGCUCCUCUGAUCCAAUACUAUUACACCCAGUUUGUCGGUGACAUCAACAACCUCCCAACCCUCAAAGCCACCGCUGCUUUCGAGGGCAUGGCUGUGAUUGAUGCAGAUCCCUACGAAAACGACGGUUCCAACUGGUUCACAAACCAGAACAACUUCUAUCGUCAGGUCCGUAACUUCGUAAUCGAUAUCUCAGCGGCCAAGGCCACGGCUGGUAUCCACUGGCAAGUCUCCCAGGCCACCUCGCUCCAGAACAUCGUCUUCGAGAUGGCCAAGGGCGAGGCUGGUGCCAACCAGAAGGGUAUCUUCCAAGACAACGGCUCCGGUGGUUUCAUGACCGACCUUGUAUUCAACGGUGGCGGCAUCGGUGCUUUCCUUGGGUCUCAGCAGUUUACCUCUCGCAACAUGACCUUCAACGACUGCGGCACUGCCAUCUACAUGAACUGGAACUGGCUAUGGACCAUGAAGAGCAUCUUCAUCAACAACUGCAAGGUCGGUCUCGACAUGGCCAACAGCCCCUCAAAUCAGACCGUUGGCUCUGUUCUCAUGCUUGACAGCAAGCUUGUCAACACUCCCGUUGGUGUCAACACUUCCUUUACUCAGGACAGCAUCCCCACCACUGGUGGCACCCUCAUUCUUGAGAACGUCGACUUCACUGGUUCCGAAUCAGCCGUUAUUGGCGCCGCUGGCAACGUCAUUGUUAAGGGUGGCAGCAAGGUCGAGGCCUGGGCUCAGGGUAACGCUAUGGCUGCUGGCUCCGCUCAAGGUCGUGUCCAGGGUGACAUCACCAACAGUCCGCAACGCCCUCAGGUCCUUAUGGGCGAUAACGGUUGGUUCGAGCGCAGCAAACCGCAGUAUGGCGAUGUCGAUGUCUCCAAGUUUGUCAGCCUCAAGUCCAAGGGCGCUAAGGGUGACGGUUCCACCGACGACACUGCCGCUAUCCAGUCUGCCAUCGAUGGCCUCCAAGACGGCGAGAUCCUUUACGUUGACCACGGUGCUUAUGUCAUCACCAAGACCGUUGUCAUCCCCGCCGAGAAGAACGUCAAGAUUCAGGGUGAGGUCUACCCUAUGUUCUUCAUCUCUGGCGAGUUCUUCGGCAACAUGGACGACCCCAAGCCCGGUUUCCAGGUCGGCGCCAAGUCCGGUGACAAGGGUACUUUCGAGAUGAACGACGCCAUCAUCGGUACUCAGGGCCCCGCUCCCGGUGGUAUCCUGAUGGAGUGGAACAUCAACGCCGAAGCUGGCAAGGCUGGUCUCUGGGAUGUCCACUUCCGUGUUGGUGGCUACGAAGGCACCAAGCUUCAGUCCUCCAACUGCGCCAAGAACCCCAACGCUACUCACGAUGCCAACCCUGCCUGCAUCGGCUCUUUCAUGCAGCUCCACAUCACCAAGCAAUCCAACGGUUACUUCGAGAAUGUUUGGCUGUGGACUGCUGACCACGAGCUCGACCAGGCCGAUCACGGCCAGAUCGACAUCUACAACGGUCGCGGCAUGAUUGUCGAGUCCCAGGGCCCUGUCUGGCUUGUCGGUACCGCUUCCGAGCACUCUCAGAUGUCUCAGUACCACUUCCAGGGCGCAAAGGACAUCUGGUACGGUGCCAUCCAGACCGAGACCCCUUACUACCAGCCCAACCCCAAGGCCAACGUGCCUUUCACCAAGAACGACAAGUACUUCGACCCUGACUUCUCUGAGGGUUCCACGUCUGCCUGGGCUGUUCGAGUCAUCGACAGCUCCAGCAUCUGGAACUACGGCGCGGGUACCUACUCGUUCUUCAGCAACUACGAUCAAGUUUGUGUCACGGGCCAGAACUGCCAGGAGCACAUCAACGAAAUCACAAACUCUUCCAACGUCAACUGGUUCGGUCUGUCGUCCAAGGCUUCCGUCAACAUGAUUACCUCCAACGGCAAGGGUCUGGUCAAGGAUGCCGACAACCGCAGCAACUUCUGCUCUACACUCGCCAUCUUUGCGCAGCCGUAG